AAUCCACGCUGUCCUGCUCACUGGAGUGUCGCUGUGGCGCCUGUCACCGCGCUACCCCUACAGCAGACCGAACUGGCUAGGCUGGCUAGCUAGACACAGUUAUUAGUUGCCUGUCGGGUGAGUCCCGAGUCAGAGAGCGAAAUAAGGGCAGGAUAGAUAGAUCCACCCAAACAGAGUCAUCUCUACCAAGCUACGGCUGCGGCUCUUACAACCUGUCAGGACCUUACUGGGAAAACAGGAUUUUGACAGUUCAUCUUUACAAUCUGGAUACUGCAUUGCUUGGUUGCCUUCUCCAAUUGUGCAGUAGCUUGCUAGCUGGCUCCCUACCUACACGUUAACCGGAUUACUGGUGACAGUAAUUUGCAAUCACGUCUGCUGUUUGUGUAUUUUGUGAAAUUAUUAGCUAGUUAGCUAGCCACAAAGAAAUGACGGAGCUUAGAAAGCGAGGGGGAGGCGGUGACCAUGACAGCACAGAAAACAUCAGUGACAAGGAGGCUGAUGGAGAGGACAGACUGGGCCUACCCGGGGAGGUGGAGGGAGACGGAGAGGGGGAGCCUAAAGCUGACACUCCAGAGGUCCCUCCUUCCGCAGAUAACACUCCAGAAUGUCUCAACAAAGCCCUGGAAGGGCUCUCCUCCAGGUACACAAAAAACUGGUGGAUCGAAUGUUUUGUCACUGCGUAUAUUUCUGGCUUUUUCUGCUGAACUCACGUGUUGAAUGUUUUGGUUUUGAUUUAGGUCAUGUCCAUUCAGAUCAAGUGCUUCCAGGAGAUAAUAACGAUCGGGUACAGAGUCUAUCAUUCCUACGAGCUCAAGUGGUUCCGGUCACUCAGCUGGUACUUCUUGAUUUGCGUGAAUUACUUCUUCUACGGGGAGACGGUGGCAGACUAUUUUGGCGCCUUUGUUCAGAGGGAGGAGCCUCUGCAGUUCCUUGUGCGCUAUCAUCGCUUCAUCUCCUUUGCACUUUACCUGGGAGGUUUCUGCAUGUUUGUUCUGAGUUUAGUGAAGAGACAUUACCGCCUGCAGUUUUAUAUGUUUGCUUGGACCCAUGUGACGCUGUUGAUUGUGGUAACUCAGUCACACCUUGUCAUUCAGAACCUGUUUGAGGGAAUGAUCUGGUUUAUCGUUCCAAUAUCCAUUGUCAUCUGCAAUGACAUCAUGGCUUACCUCUUUGGUUUCUUCUUUGGAAGAACGCCUUUGAUUAAGCUCUCCCCAAAGAAGACCUGGGAAGGGUUUAUUGGAGGCUUCUUCGCAACAGUAGUCUUUGCAUUUAUCUUUGCCUACCUCCUUGCGCAGUACCAGUACUUUGUCUGUCCUGUCGAGUACGACAGCGAGACGAACCGGUUUGCUGUGGAGUGCCAGCCUGCUGAGAUCUUUGUGAUGCACGAGUACACCCUACCGUCGGUGAUUCAGAACACUCUGAGAUGGAAAACGGUGACCCUGUACCCGUUCCAGAUCCACAGCGUCGCCCUGUCCUCCUUCGGCUCCCUGAUCGGCCCGUUCGGCGGCUUCUUCGCCAGCGGCUUCAAAAGGGCCUUCAAAAUAAAAGAUUUCGCCGACACCAUUCCGGGGCACGGGGGCAUCAUGGACCGCUUCGAUUGCCAGUACCUGAUGGCCACGUUCGUUCAUGUCUACAUAGCCAGUUUUAUCAGGGGUCCAAACCCCAGCAAGGUCUUACAGCAGCUGCUGGCACUGCAGCCAGAGCAGCAGCUCACCAUCUUCAACACACUGCGCUCCCACCUCAGAGAGACUGGCAUACUGCCCCCUACUGGAGUGGAGGGCCAGUGAAGAACACAGACACCACUCCCUCCUUCCCCUGCCCAGCAUUUAUUUAUUUAUCCUGACUGAACAUGAAUGCACUGUAGCGUCUGAUGUCAGGGGCCGCCCAGACAACGCAACUGGAAUACACCCAACCCUGGGUCCUGCAUGAAAAACACAAAAAUCCCAGAAGUCCAUUGGGGAGAGGCAGAGGGGUCCACCAUCCUUCAAAAUCCAUUACCCAGAAGUACACAUGGGAGAGGGAGAAGGGGUCUGUCAUCCUUCAGAAAGCAUUACCCAGAAGUCCAUGAGGGAGUGGGAGAGAGAUCCACCACCUUUUGGAAAAAAUGAUCCACAAGGCUUUUCAGCACCACAUAAACACGGCGUCUUCCAGAUAUACGGACCCCAGCUCACACUGAAUGGAUGUAGAGGACGAUGUAGCGGGAAUCCCUGUCAAAGAGCUACAUCCGUGCACUAACGAUGCACUGACUCUACUCAAAGCUGCGAGGACAUGCUUACUGAAAGUUGUGUGGAUUAAACUGAUGUGUGGACUGCUGAGCCGCAGUAGGGACGUUGCACUGUUGUGUAACCCUGUCUGUUCCAACAACAGACACUGAGGACCCGGGUUUCGAGAUUUUACACACGCUAGGCUAGGUGCAUAGAGCAUCUCGUGCCGUAGUAAUAACGGUCUUAACUUCGAAACUCAGCGGGGAAAAAAGGAUCAAAACCUGAAGAUGUACAUAGGCAAUGAUGUCAUUGCUGCUGAUGUACGUCGUUUCCCCCUUUCCUUUGUGCAUUACAGAAAGUGGUGUACUUUUAGAGUAGAGAUCGAUUGAGUUUGGCUAUCCAAAGCAUGGUGAUAGCUACUGUAAAUGCAAAACUAAAGAUGCAGCACACUGAUGCAACUUUUACACUGUGUGUGUAUUAUACGUGUUUAACGUUACACACUCACAUAUAAACGUACAUCUGUAGUGUAUACAUUAGCAUAUAACCUAUAAUGCAUUACUGUACAUAUUUAUAUAUAUAUAUAUAUAAAAGAAUAUAUAUAAUAUAAAGAAUACUUAUGGGACUUGUUGCAUAUAACUGCAUUUUAAAACUAUAGAAAUAUGCAAAAAAGCAGGAUCUUUCAUGUGAUUUUAUCGUAGGUAGCAUGAAGAGGCAUCCGUAGGCUUGAGUAGUGGAGCUGGGAAAGGAUAUUCAUGGUGUUGUGGUGUGAGGCAGCUUUUGAGAGUGCACGGAAUAACUUGUACUCUGCACCUAAAGGAAGUUUGAAAUGGCUGUGCUUUGACCUGUCAGAUGAAUUCAUUUUUUAUUUUGUUUUAGUUGCACUGUAAUCGGGUUAGAGAAUGUCUUCAGCGGCAACCGUCUUAGCUUUUUAAUUGUCGCUGUCUGUUUUUAGACUUGUUUUUUGCAUUUUCUUGAAAUCACAUUUUCAGUUGCAGAACAGGAGAGUUUUACAUACAGUGAAUUACUAAAGCAAUGUUUUACAUUUAUCGUUACAUGACAUCAUGUAAUCAGAUAAAAACUUGAGAUUUCCGGUUCUCUGUUGAAAAUAAUGCAGUCACAUCACUAAAAUAAAGUACUGUAUUUUGAUGCAAGUGCUGCAUUAUUCUGAAAAAUGGAAACAGAUUUCCAUUCUAUUAGCAAAGGUUUACCAAAGUGAUGUAUUUUACUGUUCUUUUUCUUCUGUUUUUUAUUUUUUAUUUUAUUUUUAUAAGCAUAGUGGGUGGACUGUUCUUUAACAAAUUUCAACAGUUUCUACAGUUUCACCAUGAGUUCCAGCCAGGCCAUGGACAAAUGAAUAUUGUGGAAGAAUACAAAAUAAUUAUUUGCUCAAAUGCGUUAACUGGUGAUAAUUUCUAUAAUGGUUACAUAAAUAAAUACAUGUGUUCAUUCCCCUCCUCUUAGAGGGGAAAAAUACCUUUUUUGGGCCAGUUUUGGGCACUAAGGGACAAACUUGAUUGUUUUAUUUUGUGACUAACUGGUUGAUGCACGACAGUUUCUCUGUAUUAAUAUUUUAGCACUUAUCCAGUUUUUAACAACAUUUCAUUUUGAUUUCAGAUUGUUUUUGUAGUUCAGUCCAUAGGUUAAACAGGUGAAAAUUAAACAGGUGUUCUCCCUAAGACAAAAGAAUGCCCACACCGAGGGGGGGGGGGGGGGUUGUGGAUUUUGGGACCAGUAUUUUUUACUUCGUUUGUGUAAGAUUUUUCUUAAGCCCCCCUCCCCGAUUAGAUUCCACAAUUUACAGAUAACACCUGUACAUAUGAAUUUUUCUGUGGCCAUAGGCCCUAUCUUUAAAAGAUUCUGCCCACAACUGUCACACGAACAAUGGAAGCAACUCCCUAACCAAACUAAAUAAUAAGAUAUCUAUAUAAUGAGUAGGUGAAGUUGCUAAGUGAAUUAUUAUGACUUAAGUAAAAAGAUGAACAAAUGUGGUCUAUUUAUUAAGUUGUUUACAUGAAUUAAAUUUUAUUUGUAUUAUCCUCACUGUCAAAUAUUAUGUGCUGGGAAAGAUAUUAUUUAAUGUAUUUUAUUAUUUUUGACUGUUUUCAGUUUUGAUUUGCAGAAAGACUAAAUAUUCAGGAUUUUAUAAUAUCUAGCAUUUGGAAUGGGUCAGACUGAGAUUAGUACAAGAACACCACAUAAUGGAAAACAUUAUUAUUAUUAUUAUUCCAUAUUGUGAUACACUGAAUAAAUAAUAUUUUUUCUUUA